GAAGGCUACCUUUAAAUUCUCAGUUCCCAAUCCUUUCCAUCCCUAAAUUCUCCGUUCCCUCUCGCUACCUUUCCUGUCUUUGGAUCGCCAGGUUUGGACUGGGCGGCGGUCGGUUUGUUUCAGGUGCCGGACGGCGGGUGGGCUGUUUCUGGGUAGUCGAGUUGGCAUUCCAGAGGUGCCGAGAGUUACCGAUACGGAAAUCGGGUACAUUCAGAAGGGAGGAUUUCCUGUUUUCAUUCUGAAUAUUCAUUGUUUUCAUAUGGGUGAUAAUAGAUGACAACUCCGUAUAGUAAUCACUGGGCGCCGUUUCGCAAGCUUUCGUCAAAAUGCGGCAGUGUUAGCUCGCCUUUGAGAAUAGGGUGCCAUGUCUCUCCUAUACAAGCUUGCCUGAAGGCCUCGGAUUUAAGUUUGCAUUUAGAGACUAAGGCUAAUCCCCUCUUGGAUAGUAUCAAAUGGGACGACAAAGGCUUGGCUGUGGCAAUAGCCCAAAAUGUUGAUACAGGAGAUGUGCUAAUGCAAGGUUUCGUCAAUAGAGAGGCUCUUUUGAGAACCAUUUCCUCGAGAAAGGCAACAUUCUAUAGCAGGUCACGAUCAACUUUGUGGACCAAGGGAGAAACCUCAUCUAAUUUCAUCAAUAUUUGCGAUAUCUUUCUUGAUUGUGAUCGUGAUUCUAUCAUUUAUCUUGGGAAGCCAGAUGGCCCGACUUGUCACACUGGAGAGCAGACGUGCUACUACACCUCGGUCAACGAUGUCCUAAACAACCCGCAGGUCGGUGAAAGUAAACUUGCAUUGACGACUCUGUACUCACUAGAACGUACAAUUUCCAAACGCAAAGAAGAAUUGACGGAAAGCACGGAUGCCAAGCCAUCCUGGACGAAACGCUUAUUGCUUGAUGACAAGUUACUCUGCUCAAAAAUUAGGGAAGAGGCAGAUGAGCUGUGCCGGACACUAGAGGAGAAUGAGGACCAGUCGAGGACUGCCUCGGAGAUGGCUGAUGUGCUGUAUCAUGCUAUGGUUUUACUGGCUCGGAGAGGAGUUAAAGUUGAAGAUGCUAUUGAAAUUCUGAGACACAGGUUUUCGCAAUCAGGCGUUGAAGAAAAGCAUAGCCGUAAAUCGAAGGUAAAUUAAUGCCAGAUGAUUGUUAAGAGUGGUGAACAUCACGUAAUAUACCGGGGAAACCACCGCAACGUCGAAGGUAUCAAUGAAUUAAAGAAUUAAUUGAAGAAUGAAUGAUCAAAUUACAUAUGAUGAUUUUGAAUGAUCGAUGAGAAUAGAUGAUUGAUGAUAGAUUAAUUAAUUACCUUAUUCAAAUAAAUCAUCUGCAAGAUACAAAAGGUUAUUUGUUAUUGGAUAAAUUAUAUAUCUUAUAUGGUCCUAACCAACAAACAUAUGGAAAAACUUAUGGAGGAACACAUUCCAUAUAUAUAUAUAUAUAUAUAUAUGUAAAUACUUACAACUCUCGGAAGCAUGAUUGCUUAGUAAUAUGAUUUGUCACAUAUUAACAUCAUAUCACUUGGUCUAAAUAAAUUUUUAUAAUAAAUGCAAAUAUGAUGAAAGUAAAUUAUAUUAGUUGAUUGUAAUAUCAGUAAUAUUUGACUUUAUUAUAUUAGUCGAUUGUAAUAUCAGUAAUAUUUGACUUUAUUUAUGGUGCAAUGCUAUUUGUCAUUACAGUGUACACCGAAUCUUUGAGGCCAAAUUCAAGAAUAUUGAAUUGUUGUAGACUUUUAUGAAGGCACAGUAUUAUUAUUAUUAUUAUGGAGUACCCUGGAGUCGGUAAAAAGAUGCUUAUAUAAGAAAAAAUGUAAGCAAAAAACACAAGAUAAAAGAACAUAGUAUGUAAGUAUGAUCUUGGAUUUGACAGGACUGAAGAUAUGCUCCUGAAAUCAGAAGCCUCUUCCUUCAGAUUUUCCUUUCCUUCCCUAAAUUCUCGUUCCCAAUCACUCCAAUUUCUCUCGCUACCUUUCCCGUCAUUGCAUCGCCAAGUUUGGACUGGGCGGCGAUGUUCUACGGCCUCGGUCCAGUUGCCGGACGGCGGGUGGGCUGUUUAUCGGGAGCCGAGUUGGCAUUCCAGAGGUGCCCAGAGUUACCGAUACGGAAGUACAUUUAGGUUGGCUUUUUGAUUCCUUUUUAUUCUCUCAAAUUUGGGAAUUAGGGUUUAGGUCUCUUGGUUCAAUUGUUCUACAAUCGUGGAAUCGGGUUCGUUUCAAUUCAAGCCUAUAUUUUCCAGUUGUUUCUUUCAUGUGAUAAUUCGUUUCGAUUUCCUGGCAUUUUUCUGUUGGAUCGAUAGCUUUGCUUUCGAUUUUGGUUGAAUCGAUAUCCCUAGCAAUUUGUUGCAAGUUUUGAUC